GUUGCGCUCGGCGCUUGCUCCCUGGCUGGCGCUCCUCAGUCGGCCGCUGCCUGCCUGUCGCCGGGCUGGGAGCGCCUGUGUGUGUGUGAGUGACGCGGCGGAGGUGUAGUUUGACGCGGUGUGUUACGUGGGGGAGAGAAUAAAACUGCGGCGAGAUCCCAGGCGCGAACGAAAGCAGUGACGGAGCAGCCCGCAACCGGCCCUCCCGAAAGUAGAAAUGCUCAACUGGUGGUUUUGCUCCUGCUCUGGAGAGCUGUGGUGCCGCUGGGUAAAGAGAGGCCUGAGUAACUGGGCAGCACAGAGCGGUACACGAGAUUGGUAUUGUGGCUGUGGAGGUAACUAAAUGACCAUGGAAUCUGGAGCAGAGAACCAGCAGAGUGGAGAUGCAGCCGUUACAGAGGCAGAAACCCAACAGAUGACAGUACAGGCACAACCACAGAUUGCAACGUUAGCCCAGGUAUCUAUGCCAGCAGCUCACGCAACGUCUUCUGCACCCACGGUGACCUUAGUUCAGCUGCCCAAUGGGCAGACAGUUCAAGUGCACGGCGUAAUUCAGGCUGCCCAGCCAUCAGUUAUUCAGUCUCCACAGGUCCAGACAGUUCAGAUCUCAACUAUAGCAGAAAGUGAAGACUCACAGGAAUCAGUGGACAGUGUCACAGACUCACAGAAACGGAGAGAAAUCCUUUCCAGACGACCCUCCUACAGAAAAAUUUUGAAUGACUUGUCCUCAGACGCCCCAGGAGUGCCAAGGAUCGAAGAGGAAAAGUCUGAAGAGGAAACAGCAGCACCUGCCAUUGCCACUGUUACGGUGCCAACUCCCAUUUACCAAACCAGCAGUGGGCAGUACAUUGCUAUUACACAAGGAGGAGCAAUUCAGUUGUCUAACAAUGGCACAGAUGGAGUACAAGGUCUCCAGACGUUGACUAUGACCAAUGCAGCCGCAACACAACCUGGCACUACCAUUUUACAAUAUGCACAGACCACAGAUGGGCAACAGAUACUUGUACCCAGCAACCAAGUUGUCGUACAAGCUGCCUCAGGAGAUGUGCAGACGUACCAGAUUCGCACCGCCCCUACCAGCACCAUUGCACCUGGAGUAGUCAUGGCAUCAUCUCCAGCACUUCCAACCCAGCCAGCAGAAGAGGCCGCACGGAAGAGAGAAGUGCGUCUAAUGAAGAACAGAGAGGCAGCACGUGAAUGUCGCAGAAAGAAGAAAGAAUAUGUCAAAUGUCUUGAAAAUCGUGUGGCUGUGCUUGAAAACCAAAACAAGACUCUCAUUGAGGAGUUGAAAGCACUUAAAGACCUUUACUGCCACAAAUCAGAUUAAUUUUGGAUUCCCAUUUUCACUUGUCCAGGUGGGAUGAGAGACUGGUUCUGGCUAUACCCAGAAAGACAAAGUAAACUUUUUAUUUUCUAAACAUUUCUUUUUUUCUAUGCGCAAAACUGCCUGAAGCAACUACAGAUUAUACUUCGUCUGUGCUUUGCAUCAAACUGUGAAUGUUCAAAUACUUGCCUCCACUCUUCCCCCUACAAGAUUAUUUUCAUCGUCAAAUAAUCUCAGCGUGAAGAACAGGCUUCUUUCUCAUCUCCCAUCCUCUUCAAGGAGUUAAGAUGGUCACUUGGGAAGUUACUGCGAGGGGGAUCCUUUCGUAAUGAUGUCAAGAAUUUGUGCUGAGCUCUUUCCAUUGCCUUAGAGACAGAACUACCCCAGCCUCUUGACCCAGAGAGCUUUGGGCCACAUACGUGAAGCAUGCAUGCUGCAAUGAAGAAGCAGUGGUUGCCAAAGUGGUUUCUCAUGCUUAUUUUAAGCUAUAAAAAAUGUGUCUAGGUGGCAUGCCAAAUGAAAGGCACUUCACAGUCACAUUCUGCGUGUGGAGCUAAAAUACCUUUUUAAACUAUCCCAGGAGGGGUUCUUAUACAUAAUCUACAUCACCAGUCCCUCCUGAGCUAGUGAAAACUCCAUACCGCAGACACAAAUGGAUUGAAAUAAGCUUCACUGUUCAGUUGUUGCUUCUUGAAGCGUAUGUGUGCAAAUGUGUUCAGCGUUCUGAAAGAGCAAAAAGAAAACAUUGACCUCAUACGUUACUGGUUGGCAAACAAUAUUUGAAUGGGAAAGGAAUCAGAAUAAAAAAAGGUACAAGUGUGAUGUUUAGUAAACAGUCACAUAAUAAGGCUAACACAUGAAAGCACUGCCUGUUUAUAUGCAGAACAACUAAGCAGUUGAAGCAUGGCCAACUCCACGUACAUACUCCCUGACGACAGUAUAGUUUGUCUCAUGUCCUCUUAAUCAAUCAUGUAUUUCUAUUUCCCUACCACUAUCGUAUGUAAUGGAACUUAUUGAAUUUGAUAGAAGCAUUGUUCUGGUUUACUAAUUAUUUUUCAAAUUUGGGAGAUACUUUCCAUGCGUAAAUUAAACUGCAGUGUGGUAACUGCCAGGACAACCUCAAAUAUUGAAGAGGACCUCAGACACAAAUAUUCCAACUGGCUUCUGCUUCUCAGGGGACAAUAUUAAUUAUUUGAACUUGCCUGGGCUAAAUUGAUUCUUAAUUUAUUGAGAGGAAUUCGUCAUGCGGAAGGUCGGAUUUAUCAAGUUGUUUGUUUGUGUAAGUAGAACUACUUACCUGCCUCAGACUUUUGCAAGAUCAAACUUCUUGUGUGUACUGAGGAAACACGUUUCUGGAUUUACACUGUUAAAAAAAUAGAUCUUGUUAAAAACAAUACUGUAAUCAGCAUUAGGACUUCCAUUAUGUGUCAAAAAGAAUCACUCUCUGUUUCUUUCCUGGCCCCCUGGAGCCAGGAUCUUCAUAUAUUAACUUGAGUCAUUUGAUGGAGUAAGUUUACUGUGGGCCUCUGGUCCAACUUCUACAUUUAGAGACGUAUGGAUAAGAUUCCAGUCCAUACUAAUGCCUUGCCUAGCAAAGUGUUAGCUUAUAUUUUUUUCCCCAUUCACUCUAUCUGUUUUUAAGAUAAAUUUCAGAGUUGAAUUUCUGAAAGGAUAUAUAAUCAGCGUGACACUGAAAGAACAUUUGCAAGACUCUUGGCAGUUGAGUCUCAAACAACUAAGCAGUAUUAAAAGUUGUACUUUUCUCAUUUGAGAGGGCAUUCAGUUUCCAAGAGACUUUUAAAGGAGCAGGGUUAAACUUGUAGCAUUAUUGUUAAAUCUAGAGUUAUCAAUAAUUUCAGAUUAUUUGUAUUUCAAAUAAGUGAUCAUGUGUAUCAGAUUUUGAAAGAAUUCAUUUUCAAAUUAAGUUUUGAGGGGGUUUAUAAAUGGUCUAUUUUUGUCUGCCAUAGAAAACUGAUUUUCAUGUUUUUAUUUAAUGGAAGAUGAAUUUAUUACUUUAGCAAUACACAUUUAAAGAAGACCCUAAAUUCUCAGCCUCGCUUACCUAAAAAUUGUCUGAUUCUUAAAGCCAGAAAACACAUCAUUUGUGGCAGUUUACAGUUCUUCAGAACUAACAAUAGAAACGUUGGCGAGGCAGGAAUAGUUCUCAUCAAAUAUGUAAGCUUAUGAUGGCUUAAUUGAGCUACACAGAAUGGUUCCUCCAGCUUUGAGAACUGUGUAAAAGGCCAUGAGUGCCUGUGUUAAGGCUGUUUGUUUUGCAGAACCACCUGCAUGCAAAAGCUCGAGGUUCUGUACUGAACCUCUGUGAGACUAUCUGGGAGCUGGGGGAUGCUCCUAGCUGUGGCCGUGGGCACUUGUGGGCAGUCUCAGCUCAGAGCCUUGCAGCUGCAUGGACCAGGAGCCCACAGUUGGACCUGGAUCUGCUGCUUCUGUUACAUGGCUGAACCAAAUCUGUGUGGCAGUGAGAGGAGAACUGCAUUGCCCAUCUGUCUGUGUGUGGUCUGUGAGUAGUCUAUCGUGUCAUUACUGAAGAUGGCAGAAGCAACAUUUCACUGAGAAAAAGAAUGUUAUUUUAAAGUACAUAGGCAUCUCCAAGAAUCUUCAUUUAUGCUGCACUGAGGAUUUAAGGACUUGAAUUUCUUAAACAGAAAUUUUAAUGAUAAUAAUGAAAAAUGCAUUAGGCAGAGUACAGGUCUGGCUAGGGUUACCUGUACAUGCUUUACUAUUAAUAGUGACCCAAAAGAGAAAAUAAUACAAUUUAGGCAUUUGCUGAUGUGUUACUUACCAAGCAGCGAGGUUGGGGUGAUCAGCUUCUCUAAACUAAGGCCAUUUGGAAACAGGACAGCAGUAGUACCGGCAGGGGGAAGGUUAGUUUUAUAUCUCACAGUUGUGAGUUUUCUUGAACUGAUAGCCUGUUUUACCUGAGGAGAGGGUUAGAAAGGGCUAGAUCCAUUAUGUUCAUAAUAAACAAGAAUUGAUUUGAAAUAUAAUUUUUGUAAUGUCAUUAUUUUGCAAAACUACAGCACCAGUCAGGCAGUUAAGAUAUUGUCAGAGGUGCUCUUUUAAUUUAGAUAUUCUUGGAAAAUACAUAUGUAUAAUAUAUGUACAUAUAUAUAUAUAUACACACAGUAUAUAAUCUACAGCUCUGAGAGCUUUUAAGUCAGGAAUGCUGAGUAUUAUAGUAUAUGGAGGUCAGAAAAAAUUUUUACUUCUGUGUGUGUCUGGGUGUGUGUGUGGGUGUGUGCGUGUGUGCGAAAGCCUCCCCCUGCCCAGUGCCGCUGGGCUGCAUUAUUCUAGCGCUUAUUACUGAUUUGUUUUGUGCUGUUUCUCAGUUAUCCAUUUUUGAGAAUUGUAUUUCAUUUUUCAUGGCUUUUGUGAGUUGGUUUGUUUUUAUCUUCUUUUUUUUUUUGACAGAGAUUUUUGAAAUGAUGUAAACAGUUGUUUUACAACAGCCACCGCCCCCCAGAAUAACUCACUUUUGUGCUUUUUCUCUUUGGCAGCUAUAUAUCAAAGGCAAAACAAUUGGAAUGGUUGUUGAGGUGUUGCUUUUUAAAGGAACCACUGGUAAGACUUCUGUUUUCGUCCUAGAGUAGCAGCAGUGCAUUUGUAUGUAAGCAGCAAUUUCACCAGAUCAGGUAGUUGCUGGCACCAUUGCUUGUAUCUGAAAGCACAAUUGUAGCCUGUCACACUGUCAGGACUGUACAGACUCCUGUAGGUUCUGGCUCUCCUGUAGGUCAUGUUUAUGUUGCAGACCACUAUCUUCCCUGGUACUUUACAUUGAUCAGAAAACCCGUGGGGCACUUGGAAUCGUUAAGAGGCUCAGGAAAAAAAAAGUUAGAUUAAAUAAGGAAAACAGCCCUGAUAGUUUCUGAUCACAAUUGUACUACAGUCUUGUUUUGGUUUUUAAAUCUGGGCUUCCAGCUGCAAGUCAUUAUCUGAGCAAAAACUGGCCUCUGCCUUUUUAUUAUGUUAGACAGAGAGCCAGUGCUUUUUGUGAGCUAAAGACUGGUCUCUGCAUCACAGCAAGUUCAUUAUCAGUGGUUGCAAAUGCAUGACAACUCAUAGGGGAUGUCAUUGGUUUUCUAAGACCCUGUUUUUAUUGUCAUUUUUUACCCUGAAGGUGGUUAGUGAUGUCACAUUUGCCAAUGAUCUAACCAAAAGGUCAUGUAUUUAUUUUUGUUACACGAUAUCCUUUGUAAAUGUUUAAUUAAAAUGUGCACUUUUAAAAUAAAUAAUAAUAAUAAUAAAAAAGCAUAGAAAAAAAGAAAAAAAAGAAAAAUUGGGUUUGCUUAAGAAGCUCCCAGGCACAACUGCUGCAACCCCACUGCCUGCACACAAUUCACUCCUCUCCCCACAGCAGCUGGCUCUUUCACCAGUGUAACUUGCUGAUGAGCACCUGGCUUCCAGCAGGCACUGUUUCAAACUGGCAGGAGAUGUGAGCGGGUGGUACUGAAGAUGGCAAAGAAUUAAGUGUGUGGUGCCACAGAGCAGUAGGUACAGGAUGGAUGCGUGAAAGGUGGAAUAAUACAAAAGAUGGUAAUAAUACAAGAAGGAUAGUGAUAGACAUCCAAAGGGUUAUCUAUAGGAAAAACUCACCAAUAUGGAUGCCUUCAGUCUGGCUGGAAAAUGCUGAGGCUGGUUAUCCAAUCUCCACAGAAGAGCAGUCACAAAGAGAUGCUGCCUUAGUGGUGGUCAGCCCUUAAAUGAGGUCUAGGAGAGGUGGAGUCAAUCUCUAUCCCUUCCGGGAGCACAACUGAAUUACCUUCACCUGUGCUCCCACAGCUGACCGACACUUGCCUCAGCUGAUUAAUCAGAGGUUCAGGCUGUGAUGACCAGUUUCUCAUACAAUGUGGCAUUAUUUUAGACAGUAUAGAACUGGUUCAGUGAUCCCAGGCGAGAAAGGGAUAAGUCAGAAGGCAAGCCCAACUCUUUCUCAGCUUCUUUGUUCCCCUUCUCUUAAUUUGAGAUCUAGCUGUGCAUUUUAAAAGCUGCAUUCCAAGAAAAUAAAUCAAAACGCUUUAUAAUUCUUUGACACCGGGAAUUAAAGGUAUGCUGACAGUGUGUCAGCUUGCUUUAGAAGAAAAAAAGCACAACUAAUUUUUGCAGAAAUUAUGAACAUUUAGCUAUAAUCCUGAAAUCUGUCACAGUGAGCAGGUUUUAAAAGCAUACAGUACUUUCAUGGUUCUAAUGUACUGUGCCUGCGAACUCAUUUCCCUGAGCUUUUGUGUUUGCUGUAAAAGACUGAUUUUGCAGAAACCUGAACAUAUCGUGAAGCUCGGUCUGUGAGGAGCUGGGCUGAUGACGAGAAAUAGGAUGCUGAAAUCCUAUCUGCUGUGGCAGGUUCGGUGUUGUGGAUGGACACGGCUUAAGUCUGUGCAUCUUUUAGGGAUAAGGACCAGAUCCAGGUGGUAAGGGGGGGUUACAUUUUAAGUGUUUUGUCUUGGAAUGUACUUUUUACAUGUAUUUAAGCUCUGUCCUGCAAAGUGACUUGCUCUGGCUACUUUGUGUAGCACAAAUUGAGGACACUGUCUUGUUCUGGUGCUACAAGUGCAGUCCUUGGCUUGUGCUCCACAGUGGUGAGUCUAGGUCUCACUUUCACCAGCAAGGAGGAGGAACAGCCAGCCGUCCUCAGGAGCUGUGUGCUGACAGGGAAAGGGCCAGGGAGCAGCCGUAGUGAUCCAUGGUUAGUGCUCCUCUGUAAGCUGAGCCUUGGCUAUACUCAUUGCUCGGGAGCAGUCAGUUCACUGAGUCUCAGCCUCAACUCUAUUUCUUUCUCUAAAUUAGAGAAUAACUGAGUUGAGAGCAAGGGGAAGGUAGGCCUUGAGCUGGUCAGUUGUCUGGAAAUGGCCACCAUUAAGAACUGAGGGUAAAUGGAUGCUUUCCACAGGCUGUGUUUUAUCCAGGUGCCACUCCAUUUUUAUUUUUUAUUUUUAUUUUUUGUGCGUGUGUGUGUGUGUAAUAACAUUUAUUUAUAUUAAAACAUAAAGUUUAAAAAUUCUGAACUGCGAGUGUGUAUGAGACUUAUUGCUGUGCUGCUGAUAUGGACUUCUAUGGAUGUGAUGGGGAACAGGGCAAAAAGAGGUGCUAGUUGGCAGCCAGCCCCUCCACAGGCUUGUCCACAGAUCGGUUGUUCGCUUCAAAAAUGAGUUUCUGGUUGUCUGGAUUUAUAAUUUAAAAUUGUUUUGGAACAGUGUUUUCAGGGAAGCUUCCAGAGCAAGAGUUAUUGUUCUCCCUUUGUAACGUAUGCUGGAAAGAGCAACUUCACCUCAUCUGCAUUUCUGGUUCUUUACCCAAACCAUGUCAGCACAGAACAGGGUAUUUGAGCUCAACUCCCACGUACUUGUGGAAGUUAAAAGACUGAAAGAAAAUCCAUUGUUGGGGGGAAAUAAAUCCUUGUUUACCUUUCCCCAAAGACCUAAAAACAUCCCUGUUGUGUUUUUGUUUUUGUUUUUUUUACUUUUUUUUUUUGUGCUUUAUCUGUGUUUAAAAAAAAAAAGAAAAAAAAAAAAAGCUGUACUGGGUUAUGCAUUUUAUUAACACUAUGUACAUAUUAGCUGCUUUAUGUUUCAGAAUGGUAGUAAUUGCUUUGUAUAUUAAAGUGAUUCUUGUGAA